AUGGGCUCUGCGCCCAGCGGACCCCUGGCCGAGACAGAAGACAACGCUGCCGCUGCCGAAGAUGAGGCAGCAUUGGCAGCUGCGGUGUGAGUGGCAGCGGCGGGGGGGGGUCCUUUUAGGAGAGGGUGGGUCUGGCCCCCCACAAGGUCUGAGGGACAGUGGACCGGCCCCCCCUGAAAAUGUUUGCUGACCCCUGGAGUACACACAUACCAUAGGUCACCUGGUCACACUUUUCUCCACUACUGUGAGUUAUAUUUCGAUUUAAAUUAUUGUAAUUCUUUCUAAAUGUUCGUUUAUACAUAUAAAUCAGCAUAAGCUAAUGUUGUGCAAAUCUGUGUGAUAUUUUGACCACUUUUUUGGUGAUACAUCUGUAACGACACUAAUGUAGACCCAAAGUAGAAAAGUAUUUCCUUCUUAAAUUGUCUGUUUGCUGACAUCUUUGUCUCUCUAGAUUUCCCCCAGAAAAAUACUCUUUUGGGUGAAAUACUUCAAAGUGGAGUAAUAAUAUUCAAUAAUAUCCACAUGCCUAGACUAGGGCUAGAGGAGAGCUUUGAUGCACCACACAUUUAAAGCCAAAUCUAUCAAAUUCACACUUUCCAAAACUGUGUGCCAACCAACACACAGCUAUCCAUUGAAAUUCACACUUAGGUGAAUUUUGUGAUACAGUCCUCCAACCAAACAGUGUUUGCAAAAAUGUACUUACUAGGUGAAAUUGUGCAUAAGAUAUUAGUGAAAAUAAUAUACAAAAAGCAUUAUAUUGAAGAUAAUUGCUUCCAAAAACGUGUGCAUUAGUCAAAACUACAUAUUAAAAGAGUGUAUUAUGCUAAUGAAUUUUCAUAGGCAUUAAAAAGAAAACCACAAAUUUCUGCAAAAAAAUAAAUAAAUGAGAACCAAAUUUGAGAUUGGAAAAAUGAGAAACUGAGAGAACCAAAACUGACAGAUCCUUCCAACUCUAGUCUUUGAGGCCCUCACAAACUCAUUUGCGGAAGACACUCCUUGCUUGGGGUGGUUGAUCUAAAGCCAGCCUGGUCUACAACAGGCCUGCUCUAGGAACUUCUCUAUCAUCUUCAAGCCUGCCUAAAUUGUGACCUGCCAAGCUGAAGGCAUGUUUUGCCAUAUUUUGUGGCACACCAGCAGUUUACUAUAGCGCUUGUUUUUUAUGCUUGCCUUGUACUGCAAAAUUGGCGUAUAGGGAGAAUGAGUUGUCAGGAAUCUGGAAGGGCACAAUAGGUGCUUUCAGUUUGGUGAGUAACACAAGUUGUGCAGGCCUUAUCCACUUAUACUUAGUGCUGAGGCUUUAUUUUAGUUAUUUAGUGCCACCAGUGGGCUUGGCACUUUGCAGAGUUACUUAGCUAAAACAAAGAGCUUAAAACUAAAAUUAGAACAGUGGCAGGGCAGAAGGAGGACACUCUGUAAUGCUACCUUGCCAGAGUAGCACAGGUAAAGAAAAUGUCCCCUUUGUUCACAGAUGUGAUCAAACCUUCGUUUGGGAAAAGAAUGUGGGUCACAUUUUAUUUUCACUUUUAAAGGCUUUUCUGCCUUCCCUCGGUGACUUGAAAAAGUCACACCUGCUCAAACACUCCAGCUCUUGAAGCAAGAGGGACUCUGCCAAAUUUGGAAUGUGUCUCUACAUGAAACGCAUUUCACAGGUUUGCACAGAUGCAGUGGCCGGGGUCCAAAGAGCUACUUUAGGGAUACCUAAGUGAACGGGAAGAUCUAGCAGGAUUGUUGCCUUUCCCUCCCUGUUUAAACACUGCUUUUGAAACUACAUCCCAUUUCAAGAGAGGGUGGGUAUGCUUUGUAACAUGGAGAGUUGCUGCUGGAAACACCCAGUCUAAAAUGUUACCUUUGAGGCAUGCAGAACUUGUUGGGCACCCUCUUGGAUCCCAGCCAGCAGCUCUCUGUGUGCACAGCCCAGCACUCCUUUCCAUCCCAAUACUCAGAGAAAAGGUGUGGUCACAAUCGGAGGAUACAGUCAGCAUACAUGAAAGGGAAGUAAUGCUAGCAAUGUCAACUAGUUGAUAAUACCAGUGCCCUAAGGGAUGCUCUUGGAAUCAGUUUACUUAACUGUGGUGACUGGCUGAACACCCUUAACACUGUAAUUGUUAAGGGAAGUUGCCUUGAGCAAUAGAAAAGAUGCUGUAAGAACUAACCAGUCAUUCCCCACAGCAACUGUACCAACAAGUAGAAAGAGGAAAGAAACUGACAGCUUUGUAAAGUUUUAAAGUACGUUUUAGGCUGCAAUCCUAUCUACUUGGGAAGAUAUCCUACUGAAUCCAAUAGGACUAACUUGGUGGGUCUGUAAACUGCCCUGUGGUCCUCAGAUCAAAUAACAACUUCUGAGAAGACAUGGUUAGAUUAAGAUUUGCAGCCUUAAUGUCCAAGUUGCAACCAAAGAGGUAUCAGUUCCAUAGCAUUCUGUGUCUUCGCUCCUUCUGUUAGGGCACUGACAGACAUUUGAAGGGCAGCUAUUGAAUGUGAUUCAGGUUGUAGCACAAGGUGCCAAAAUACAGACAUCUAAGUGGCUGCACACACAGCCCAGUUCUGCGCCACACAUUUGGAACAAGCCGUGCGUUCCGAAGAAGCCAUUAAAUAUGGCUUGGAGAUGAACUGGAUUUUUCGGCAAACGGCGCUGAAUCGCUUGCUCUGCUUCUCAGAUUCUUAAUGAGGGAGCUGGGACUCCUCCAUGGAGGAGUGAACCGUUGCCAGGGGAGUCACAAGGCCUCCCACUCACCUGCUGUGGGGCAAAACAGCAAAACAGCAAGCAGAGGAGGAUGGCAUGCAAAUGAACUGCUGUCGCACAGCGGCAGAAGACUUUGCUCCAGAAUACUGUCUCAAAUUCAGCAAAACAAAGAUGGGGAAACUUCAGGCCAGGGGUCAAAUGUGGUCCUCCGGAACUGCUCUGUCAGGCCCUUGGGACUCUCCCCAGCCAUACCUUUCCGGAGUGCUUUUGCCAGGCUGGAAUAUAGAUCCUUGAACUAUGGCAAUGCUUUGAUGGAAAGAGGUGUGGUGGUGGUGUAGACACUCAUGACUUCUGCAUGGCUGGAAUGUGGCCUAGUGUAGAAAGGUAAGAGUCAAAAUCAUUACUUUGCCCACUGUUGCAUCUGGUAUAUGCCCACAGAAGGUUGUCCAUGAGGCAACAUGGCUCUUGGAUUGGAAAAUAUCCCCCACGCCUGCAUUAGAGCAAUGCACAGAGUGCUAAACAUCUGCUAGAUUCUGCUAAAUUUCCAGAAGUGGCUUUUACAUGAUGUGGAAGAUUGCAUAAAGCACAAAAAUGAUCAGGUAAGGAAACAUCAGGAAAACAGCACAGUCCAUGCAACAGAGUCCAUGCAGAGUAACAGAGAAAAAAGUCUGUUCCAUUUUCUUUCUGCCCUUUAGAUAUUUGAAGAUCACUGUCUACACACAGCCCAUUCAUCCUUAUCUUAUCAUCUCCAGGCUAAACAUACUCAGUUCUUUCAACCGUUCAUCCUUGGACUUCGUUUUCAAACUCCUCACCAUACUGGUCCCCUUUCUCUGGACCAGCUGCAGUUUGUCAGAGCGGCACCCAGAACCAGAGACAGGACUCCACAGGCAGUCUGGCCAGCACAGAAUAGAACAGAACUUUAAAUUUCCUGAGAUCUGGAUACUAUGCAUUAUGAAUACAGUCUUGCGUUAGCCUCUUUUUUUUUUUUUUUUUAGCAGCCUCAUCGUACUGUGGGCUCAUUUUCCCUUUGUGAUCAAGGAAGUGAUCUUCCAGAUUACCUUUUUCCUGAGGAGUCAUUCAUCUUGCUUUGCUUGCACAACACUUACACAGAAAUUAGGGUUCAUUCACACUUACCCUUUGCCCUGCACUUUCUAGGUACAGAUCUUUAUUUUUCCAGUCUGUGUCUGAGCACUUUUCUUUUUUUGCCCUGCCUCUUUCCCCAGGAAAACCUACUCUUUAAUGCUGAAUCGGAACAAAGGGCAAUUUGGUUUUUCUGCAGAAUUGUUUUCAGCAAGAAAAAGCAGGUUUUCAUGGGGAAAGUGCCAGCCCCCCCCCCAAAGGCACUCAAACACAGAGCUUUAAAACAUGGACCUGUGCCUAGAAGCAUGACACAAAAGGAAGGCUGGAUGAGCUCUCAGAAGAUGGCUGGUCUUUAAUGAGCAUUUGUUUGCAGGGAGGUUGUACAGCAGAGCACAUUUGCCCUGAUUCGCUUGCGUGGGGGUAGUUAUAUGUUUUCCCAUUAAUCUAUUUAUUCAUUUAAAGUGCUUAUGAACCACUCAGUUACCAAAGUUUCUAAGCGGUACAAGUUUAUUUUUAGUACCUACACUUUUUACUGCAUUUCCCUGCCCCUUGCUAAGCAGAAAAGUCUAGGUUUUUAUUUGUAUGUUUGCUUUAAAGGGAAUUUGUUGCAUCAGAGCAUUUAAAAACAUCUUAACUAUGCAAACCUAAAUUUCUGUAUGUGACUGACUCCCUGCCAGGUUGUCCAUUUGAAAACAGAGGUAGGUGGUCCCAGCAAUAAUGAGUGCAUCCACACCUGCCCAGUGACAUUGUGGGUGGGCAUACAGCAAGAUCGCAGUCACACAUCCUUCUUAAUUCACUUGGGUCAUGUGUGGGGAGAAAAAGGCACAGAUAACCUAAACAAGGGGGAGGGUUUUCAAACAUGUAUCAAGUAACCACACUCACCCUUGUGGAUGGCAGGAGCUGGAAUCAAUCGAAAUGGAAAGCAGCACGUUGAGGAUGAGCAAGCAUGAUUCUAGAUUGAGAAAAUCUACAUUUUUGUGCUACAAAUGGGUUUCUGUGUAUGCAGCCACUGCAUUAAAAAGAGAGAGUACAUAUUGGUUGGCAUGCAUAUAUAUUGAACCACAUGGAUAGGCCAAAUCAGGAAGAGAAAAACCUAUAAAAAAUGAACCACUGUGCAGACAGAAUUUCCAGGAAGAGGAUUCUCUAAUGCAUCCCCUUGUGAUUUUAAUUGGUCUAUUUUCUCUCAUUUUCUCAUAUAGUUUCAUUGGUUGCUGAAUCCAUAGCUGCCUGAUGAACUGCUAUCACUGGAGCGAUCAAGACCGGCUAACUGCCUUAGCAAUUCAGCCCCGGAGUCUCGCAGCAAUAUCUCUGAGGCCCAGUAAGAGGAAACAUCCUGCACUCCUACUGCACCACUACCCCUUCAGCACUUUUGCUUUGAGGCUGGUGUGCACGAAAGAGCUGAAUAGUUCACUCUUAAGCAUUUCAACACUGUGCUGCCACACAUUCCUUUCACUGUUGUACAGCGGUUCCUUUUCCUCUCAGGUCAUAGCUACAUGAUAAGAGAUAUCUGAAAGCAAGUGCUAGGGUAAAAUCAUCUGUCAAAAUGGAUUUAAAAUAGUCUGGCUCAUAUUAAAGGCAGCCUUGAAACAAAACCUGCAGUCGAAAUGUAUCCAAAGUCUGCACAAAUUGCAUGUUUCCUGCUUGUAUUACAGGGAUGAGGAAACUGUGACCCUCAGAUGCCACUGGACUCCAACUCCCAUCAUUCCUGGUCUACCUGGCCUAUGGUCAGUGGUUAUGGGAGCAGUAGUCCAGCUACAUCUGGAUGGCCAAAAGUUCCCUUUUCCUGUUGUAUUCCAUCAUGAAUGGAAAAGUUCUGACUAAACAUUUGGAAAAACUUUCUGACAGUAAGAGCUGCUCAGCAGUGGAACAGACUCCCACGAGAGGUGGUGGACUCCCCUUCCUUGGCGGUUUGUAAACAGAGGUUGGAUGGCUGUUUGUCAUGGAUACCGUACUUUAGCUGAGAUUCCCGCAUUGCAGGGGGUUGGACUAGAUGACCCUUUGGUCCCUUCCAAUUCUAUGAUUCUAUGAUUGAGUCUGCUUUAUGCAUGUACAGUGGUACCUUGGUUUAAGAACAGCAUAGUUUAUGAACAACUUGGAUUAAGAACGCUGCAAACCCGGAAGUAGGUGUUUUGGUUUGUGAACUUUGCCUUGGAGGCAGAACACGUUCCACUUCCUGUUGAGUGUGUUCCAUUUGUAAAUUGAGUCCUCUGCUGCUAUGGGAAAGCACGCCUUGGUUUAAGAACGCUUGGUUUAAGAACGGACUUCCGGAACGGAUUAAGUUCGUAAACUAAGGUACCACUGUAAUACUAAACCAUUGUUUAUGGUAAGCCCAUGGUUGCUCAGAAUGCGGGUGUUAGUAGACCAGCACAUUGUUCUCUCUGUGUGCCUCUCUCUCUCUCUCUUCACACACAUUAGGGGCUGCCAUCCCUGCUCACUCGGAUUUCCAACCUCACAUACCCACCAACGCCUCUGUUAACCCCCCCUUCCCCCACACCUGGCCACCCUCUCCAUUUUGUUGAACUGCAAUUCCCAUAAUUCCUUACCAUUACCCAGACUGGCUGGGGCUAAUGAGACUUGUAGCCUAGCAAUAUCUAGAGGGUACCACAAUGGCUACCCAAUGUUUAAUAUUACACCCAGUGCUUGAGGGGGCUGGACAAAGGUCUUGAUAAAGGUGCUAUGGAAACCAGCACAAAAUGAUUGCCACAGGCAGCAAAAAAAAAGGCGGGGGGAGGGAGAGAGAGCUUACAGUACUCUGUGCUGGUGCUCACCAUCACACACAAAAGCACAUAUUACACCCCAAAGCAGUUUGUAUGUUGAAAAAUGCAACUGGGAUAUAUAUAUAUAUGCAACUAUACUAUAAAGCAUCUACGUGUUUGUGGAGAUGCCUUGUGUAGGAGUGUGGGGUGAAGUCCAGCAAAAUGCCUUGUACAGUGGUACCUUGGGUUAAGUACUUAAUUCGUUCCGGAGGUCCGUUCUUAACCUGAAACCGUUCUUAACCUGAAGCACCACUUUAGCUAAUGGGGCCUCCUGCUGCCGCCGGGCCGCCAGAGUACAAUUUCUGUUCUCAUCCUGAAGCAAAGUUCUUAACCCGAGGUACUAUUUCUGGGUUAGCGGAGUCUGUAACCUGAAGUGUAUGUAACCUGAAGCGUAUGCAACCCGAGGUACCACUGUACUUUAAGGCAAGGAGGGUGAGUUUCAAAGUGUCCUUUAAGACCACUUUUUGGGGGGAAGGUUCUAGUACUAUGAUGUAGGCAGCUCAUGUCUAAAUCCAACCCAGGAACUUUGUUUUAACAAAUUGAAGAAGACAUAUAACAACCAUUCAGUUCAACUUCAAGACCUCUAGCAUGAACUGAGAACCAUAUGGAGGGGUGGGUGAGACCCUGACAUCCUUUUUCAUGUCGUCUAAUAAUACAUUCUUCUGCAAUUAACUCCUAUUGAAACCAGUCCCCUUUCAAAUUAAAACAGCCCUCCUAAAGUAUCAUAGAAUGAUGUCAAAUCUGAAAUGUUUAUGUAGCAACAAGCCCCUGAAUAAACUGAGGCUUGGAAAUAAUCUUCUAAAAUAUGAACCACCUAAUUAAUAUAAUUAUAAGUAAACUCUUGUCACCAGAAAUUCACUGCAAGGGAUGGAAGACUCAUGAAUUGUUUCCAUACGGGAUUAUUUAAGACUUGGUUGUGUGGAAGUAGGAUAGGUAAUAACACCAGGCCCAAAAGUAUUUGAUUAUCAUAAUUUUGUUCAGUGAAUCUAGGCACUAUUGCAUCAUAUUGGGAAGACAGUCUGCUACUUUUCUUACGGACCAGCCCUAUGUUUUGAUUGGGCUGAGCUCAAUGGCAUGCAGUCAUUGGACUAGGCGGACUAGGCUAGUCCCCUAAAUGUUCCCAUGGCACCACCUUCCCAAUGCCCAGUAAGCUUCUGCCCAGCUUAGGGAGGGAGGUGCUAUGCUCACACACAUGACAUCCGUUCCUCAUCGCUUUUGCAAGCUGGCGCUUAUAGCCCUAACUGUUCCCCUGCAAAAAAUGUCACUGCACACCAGUGGUUGAGCAGUGUAUUUGCUUAUUGCCAUAAUAUUUAAGGACUGGCUAAAGUCGGAAUGGCAGAACUUAGCUAAAAGGAAUUAGCCUCAGUUUCUCAGAGUCACUGCUACAUUUUUUCAGAAGCAAGCAACAAAGGCUUGAGCACAAACACAUGUUCAAUAUGUGUGGUCUGCAGCUGUGUUUGUGAUCCCCUGGAACUGGGCAAGCUCCUCUUUUGUGUACAAAAUUGCAAAGCAGAAAAGCGAAAUGACCAGCUCUAUGUCCAAUAGCUUCAUGGGAAUGUGCUCCUACAACAUAUUUGGGUUCCCUAUUAUUCAUGUUCUCUGCUUAUAGAGAUCCAUCUUCUCUUAUUUCCACGUUAGCAUUCUGCAGCGCCAAAUUUGUGGAGAGCAACAGCUAUGAUGUCACCAAGCACAUCCCAUUUCUCAUGCCGUUCCCCAGACCAUCUUUGUACUGCAAGAGACCACACCCCCAUUUUGGUUCAGUGCUGUAUCACCGGGUGCGGCGUUAUAUUUUUAAAUUACUGGAAUUCUUCCAAAAUCAGUUGCCACCUGCAACUGCAACCAUGGGAUCUCUCUGGUCCGUCUUCACUCUCCAAGAGUUUUGGUAAGAAUUUCCCAAUUAUACUUUUAUAUAUAAGCUAAGCAUCAUUUCAUGCUUUCAUCUAAACAUGAGAUAGGAAGUUCCAGGCUUUUACACAAUCAGUUUCCUUGCAAGGAAAAGGUCUUGAUGCUUAUCUGGCCUGCAUAGCUCAGUUGGUUAGAGCGUGGUACUGAUAACACCAAGGUUGCAGGUUUAAUCUCUAUAUGGGGUAGCUGCAUAUUCCUGCAUUGCAGGGGGUUGGAUUAGAUGAUCCUCGGGAUCAUUUCCAACUCAGCAGUUCUAUGAUUCUAUGAUUCCGCCUGCAUGACAUGACUAUUACCAUUUUAAUAAUAAUAAUAAUAAUAAAUUUUAUUUAUAUCCCGCCCUCCCCAGCCGAAGCCGGGCUCAGGGCGGCUAACAACAAUAAAACAGUACAAAAGUACAGCAUAAACAACAGUCUAAAAUCAUUCGUUAUAAAAUUAAUUAAUUCAAGCCACUGGCAACCAUUGGGCCAGAGCUCCGCGAAGAUUGCCGAGGGAGGGAGUCAGGCUGUGCCCUGGCCAAAGGCCUGGUGGAACAGCUCUGUCUUGCAGGCCCUGCGGAAAGAUGUCGAGUCCCGCCGGGCCCCGGUCACGUGGGACAGAGGGUUGCCCCAGAUCGGAGGCCCAGCCGAAAACCCCGGGCUCUAUUUGCGGCCAGCCUAACUUCUCUGGGGCCUGGGACCUUCAAGAUGUUUUUAUUCGAAGACCGUAAGUUUCUCUGUGGGGCAUACCAGGAGAGGCGGUCCCGUAGGUACGAGGGUCCUAGGCCGUAUAGGGCUUUAAAGGUUAAAACCAGCACCUUAAACCUGAUCCUGUACUCCACCGGGAGCCAGUGCAGCUGGUAUAGCACCGGGUGAAUGUGAUCUCGCAGCGAAGACCUCGUAAGGAAUCUCGCUGCAGCAUUCUGCACCCGCUGGAGUUUCUGGGUCAGUCUCAGGGGCAGCCCCACGUAGAGCGAGUUACAAUAAUCCAGUCUGGAGGUGACCGUCGCAUGGAUCACAGUGGCUAGGUCAGUGUCAAAACCCUAUUUUGGGAGCAAGCAAGGAAAGUCAGCCUUACCGGAUAUGUGUUUAUGUUGCAUUUCCUUUGUUUGUUCCUCUCUGCUGCACACACUUUCCCCCCUGACAAUGACUUCCUAGAAAGUGUUUCCACCCAGCUUCCAAAUUCUAAACAGAGCACACCACAACAUCUACUGUCUCCAGUCAAGCCACUCAAUACAACUGAAUCUAUUCAGGCUCAUCAGACAGAGACUCAUAACUUAAGAAUUUACAUUAGUCAUUCCUCAAACUACAAUAGCCACCUAAUGUACUAUGCGUCUGUGGUGGUACGGAUGAUGACAGAUGAACAAGUCUGGCCUCAUAGCCAAGAAUAAUUACUGAAGGAUAGACAUAGAAGAGAAAAUGACAGAAAAUUACAUGUCACUUAUAAUUUCAAGCUAAAACCACUCAAAUGUAUCAUCAGUGAUCUACAGCCUGUCCUGGACAAUGGCACUUCCAUUUCUCGGGCCCAGAGUGGCAGGCCUGAACUUGCUAACAGACAGCCCUCCAACCUAAAACAGCUACUCACUAGCAGUAACAGGCCACAUAACAGAGAUACAAACACAUAGAGCAGUCCUGUGGCCGACCCAAAGGCCAGCUGUGUCCCCAUGGCUACUCCGGCGACAAUAGUACUGACCUAAUAUCAUUUUUACUGCAAUACAUUCAAGGGCCAGGCCAUCUGUGAGGCAAUGUGAGGCGGCCAACUCGGGUGGCAGGAUCCGCAGAGGCAGCAGAUCUGGCUUGCAAGAAAUUCAUUGCUUGCUGCUGCCACCACUGCCACAGUGGCAGUGAUAGUUGUGGUGUGCUCACUGGAGGCUGGAUCUGCUACCUUCUCAGCAGCCCUCCCUCAAAUGUUGAUGACCAGGAGGCAGUGUAGGUCUCCUCCCACCCUUGUCCCCAUAGGAGCCAACUCCUAGGGGCCAAGGUCCUUUUGCCCCCCCUAAAAUAUUUGAGGGGUCUGGCUUUGCAAAGUUGAUGGGCACCACCAUUCAAAUGGGGGGGGGUGUCACAUCAUGUGAUCGAUUAUGCAGGGCAGGGCUUACCUGGGCUCCCCAAUAUGUUAUUCAAGUUGGCACCCCGUUGUUCCUGAUGUAACUCUUCAAUCCUUCUUCCCUGGCAGGGCGGGGGGCGGGGGCGGGUGUCUGCCAUUUUGUAGUUCACCUCAGGUUCCAACAUGUCUUGGGCCAGCUCUGAAUGUACUCUACAUCAUGUGCUAGUCCCGGGGGGAGGUUACCGUGAGGCGUGGUCAGGGGCCUGGGUCGAGGGUUUGUAGACUGACCUCCAAGGGCGAAGCGGGGUCCAAAGCGAGGAGCCGGGCAAGGAUGGGAACUCUGGAAGAACAGGUCUGGGUGCUGACCGAAACAGGUCUUCAACCACGUUGCUCCCGCAACCUGGGACCGGGCUGGCUGGCCUUUAUCUUCUCUGAGGCCAGGGGUGGUCCCGGCCCCCAGGCGACCCGCCUCUCCUGGCCUUAAGGCGAGCACGCCUCCGGGGAGAAACCAGUUCCCUCCGCCUCUCUGCCCUGAGCCUCUGCAGCUCAGGAGAGGCUAGAGGGUUACUGGACCCAGGGGGAGACUCACCUUCCCCUGACAGGGCUGGGAGAGGCGCAUCUGUAGGCAAUGCGUCCUCAAUCACCUCCGGAGCCAGAGUGGAUUCACCUGGUGCCUGCUCCUGAGGAUCCGGCACAGGUGCAGGCGCUUCAGAUUCAAGGCCCUGCCCCAGCUCAGCCAGCCCUGGAGGCGGGGACUCCUGUGCAGGCUGGGAUUCCUCUGGUUCAGCCUCUGAAUCAGACUCCCAGGCCAUCACACAUCAGCUCAAGUUGCUGAUACUGGUAUACAAAGACCUAUACAGCAUGGGAUGAGGAUACAAAAAAUAAUAAUAGUCUCAGCCCUUCAAUCAUAACAAAUUGCUAAAAUCUGCAGGACAGGGCCUGCUGCAGAUACAAUCUUACCAGCUCAGGAAGUCUGCUUUGCAAUAAUAUGGGAUUUGGGCUUUUAGCAUGGUGGCACCUAUUAUUUGGAACUCCUUCCCAUGAGAUUUAUUUAUUUAUAAAAAUAUAUACCUCCGAAUAUAGGGUGGUAUAUAAAUUCAGUAAAUAUAUAUAUAUAUUAUAUAUAAUAUAAUAUAUAAUAUAAUAAUAUACAGAUUGCACCUACUGUCAAAUCUCUGCUGAAAGAGUAUUCCACAGAAUGGAACCCAAAACAGUGUAAAAACAUCAUAAAACUAUUGUUCUUGUCAAAUAAAACAGGCCUGGACGACAUGUUUCUUGAAUGCCCAAUUUUCCUUGGGCACCCAUGGUGCACCCACGGAGAAGGCCCUGUUUUGGAUCUCUGUCCUUCCUGCUAUUCCUGUCGAUGGAGCCAGGAGAAGAGGCACCUGCCCACCCCCCUUCACUGCCCUGUUAGUUGGCUGCUCCUAAUAAUAAAUUAAUAAUCCAUAGAAUUGGGGCUUCAUUCCCUUGCUCAUCUUCCAACAGGAUAUAUAUCCCUUCCUCUGCCUGCAAUGCCUUCUACAUAUGUAGAACAAACAGGCCAAUCUCUAUGCAAAAUAAUAAAUGGAGACAAACCUAACAUCAAAAGUGGCAAUAUUUCAACCUCCCCAAAUACUCUGAAGUGACCUCAGAAUGGCCAUCCUAAAGCAAAGGAACUUCAAAGGGAGACUGCAAUGUGAAACCACUGGCUUGCAAUACAUCAUCAGGAGGUUCAAUGCUAUCACUUGUGGACUGAUCCGAGACAAAGGAUUUUUAGCACAUUAUAGGUCUGAAACCCUACUUUGUACUUCCAGCCAAGUCAAGCAGUGAAGCAAGGCACCCACCCAAAUAAUCCUUGAUUUGGUAGUUUUUAACCUAUAACAAAGAUGCAUUUAUGAUUAUACAUUUUCUAUACUACUGUAUAUACUUCUCUGUAUUUGUUAGAAAUUGUGUGAUGUGAAGGGAAUUAAGGUUGCGGCCACAUUUGACACAAAAGACUGCCAAGAUCACUUAGUUGCAUGCUUUUAUGAAAAAAGUUUUAAGCCUUGAUCAGCUAUGGGAACCUGAAGUCUUGCUUUGGACAGGCAGAAAGGGCUCAGGGCUCAAAGAAGUUAUUUUCACAGCUUGGGUUUAUUUGGAAACAUCUCAGUAGUUCCAAUAUUGGUAAAAAUUGUUCAGAAGUACAUGGCAGGCUUGUUUUUAUUAUAUAUUAAAUUUGUAUACAGGAAGAAGAAGAAAUAUUUCAAGAAAUGUGGUUUAGUGAAUAUGGUUUAUGAAAUGCAUGCCUCUUGAGACAAAAGGAACUACUUGUAAAGGAAACAGACACCUCCGAUAAAUCCAAAGUGGAAACACAUAACAUACUGGGAAAUAUGAAAAUAAGGUCAGCAUACUUAAUGGAACUAAAAUCAAUACAAUUAAUAUUUUAUGUUGGGGAAAUCAAAAGAAAUUGUAGUGAAUCAGUUGGGGAUUUUAAAGAUGAAGUCUAAUUAAGGAAUUAUUCAUGGAACUGGUUAUUAAGACCUUUAUUCCCUUUAGCUUUCAUUACAAGCACUGAGGUAAAGCUACUACGCACUGACUACAGGAAUUUCUUCGUUUUAUAUUUCUUACCCUUUUUUGACAUGUGCUGUCCAAAUUUUUAUAUAUGGGUCAAAACUAUAGAGCUUCAAUUAAAAGCCUUGGGAAAUGAAAAUGCCUUGCCACCCUGUAAUCUCAGAAAUAAUGUUGGUGCCUUGUGGAUCUGUCAGGUUGGAUAUUCCACAGGUAGGAGCCACCACCAAAAGGACCCUUUCUCCCAUUGCAAACUGUCUAGCAUCUGAAGGUGGGAGCACUCAAGUGAAAGCCUCUGAGGGUGACCUUAAGGACUGGCAAGUUUAUAGUGUGCAGAAAGUGGCCCUUCAAGUAGCCUGGUCCCAAGAUACCGAGAACUUUAAAUGGCCAAACCAACACCAUGGAUUGUGGAUGGAAACAUACUGGAAGCCAGCGAAGACAUUUAAAGACAAGUGAAGUAUGUUCAGGCUCAUGUGUUUUAAUUAGUAAGCUUGCUGCCAUAUUCUGAAAGUCUUUCAAACAGUCUUCAAGGGCAGUCCCACUAGAAAAGCAUUGAAACAAUCUAAUCUGACCUCACAAGAACAUGGAUAACUGUUGCAAGCUCAUUUUUGUCUAUGAAGGGACUCUGGCUGGUGUACCAGUCUAAACUGCAGAAAGGCUCUUCAUGCCACAGAACCAACUUGAGCACCCAAUGAAAAACCCGGGUCAAACAUCACUCUGUGACUAUGAACCUGCUGUUUAAAGGGGGUGGCAGCCAUCCAGAGUUGUCUAGACCUCUAAGAGAUAUUGAGGCAUCAAUGCCCCUCCUGGUUCAGAUGAAAAGGACAAAUAGAGCUGCGUGUCAUCAUUAUAUUGAGGGUACCUCAUGCUACAUCAUCUUUAGCGGAGAUUCCUGCAUUGCAGUGGGUUGGAUUAGAUGAACCUUGGGUCCCUUCCAACUCACUCAGCGGCUUCAAGUUGAUGAUAAACAAGGCCUAUGCAACACCACAACACAAGUGCCACUGCCAUGACAACAAAUUCAGCACAGUUUGAAAUACAACACUUGAUUGUCACAUUGUGGACCUAUACCCUCCUGAGUUUUGAGCAAAGCUUGUAAUUUCUCACCUUGGUCCUAUAGCUUUCUCUGUUACCUCAUUUCCCAUUUACCCUGGUUGUUGUGGUUACAGGCAGGAAGGCUUCACCAGCACCCAGAACCUCAUGCUUAAUGCAUAGCUUCUGGUAGGUGAGAUUAUAAUAUUCAGGAUUACUUCCAAGGAUCCUGGGAAAUGGAACUACCAAGAGGCUUCAGGUUCAAUGGAACCCCAGUCCUCACUCUGGCUCUCUGGAAGGAAUGGAAAGCAGAAGAUUCAUUUAAUAUUUGUCAAUGGAUUUUAAGUAUCAACUUAUUAAGUUUACCUUUCACCUAAGAAGUCCAAUGACAUUUGCAACUGGGAUUGAAAUACAGAGAACUUUAAAAAAAAAUAACCCAAUAAAAUAUUAGCUUGGAGAAUUUGCUUGAUGUUUCAUCUUUUGCAUGUGUAACUGGGAAUAAAUCUGACAGAAAAAGCAGGAUUGGGCUUGGGAACUCAGUCAGCCCACCCCCAAAUUUCUUUCAACUCUAAUUCAGUGACCUUUUUAAGUAAGGCUAGUGUUGGAUUUUCCCAUCUUUCACACUUGAAGCUGAUCUCUGAAGAAUGGUUUCAGUAAGGACUCUCUUACACAGAACAAAGCUGUAACCUAAAGGACUUUUGUAUGCUGAAAACAUAUGGGGCAGAAGGAGGCCUGUGUCAUGCUUUUACAGUAUCGUCACUGUUAUCAAGAGUACCUUGGGAACAGUGCUUUCUUCACAGCCAAGAGAGAGAUAAGUGGCUCUGGCUUGAAUUGAACUGAAUAAUGUCAGUGUAGCAUGCAUCAUCCUUGACAGCUUUCGAGGCCUCGUCCAUGAAUAGAAAUCUGAGCCUGAAUCUUCUUCAUUACACAGAUUUCACAGGCAUGCAGUCCCACGGAAAGUAAACAGAAUAACAUCAGCAUAAGUGGAAGGAGAAUCAGACCCUAAAAAUAAUACUUUAUGGUUCCUCAGCAGCACCGAACUCUUAAACUGAAAUAAAUACUUGACAGCGGCAUUGGCAGCAACCUAAGCGCCCCCCCCCCCGUCUGACAAGCUCACGGGUAGUAAAAAUACUGCUUAGGGUCACACUCUGUACUUUCCUGCACAGAUUUAAUGAAUGGAAUGCAUGAUGUGCUUGCUAAGCUCGGCUGGAUAAACAUGGAAAAAAUCUAGUGGAGCUGUGUCACAGACCACAAUGGUUACAUAGACUAUGUAACUGGAAGAAGAGAUUCCUUUGCUAUGUAUCACUUACUUUUUAUAUAUCUCUGUUGACGAAUAUUUCACAGCCAUUAAUUCUUUGCUGAUGUUCACAAGAUAUAUAUUAGAUGAGAUUGGCACGUACUUUCGUGGUGUGAUAAUUGGUUACAAAAGCUAUGUUUUAAAACCAUGUUUGGAAAACUCUGUGGUGUUUUUGACUUUCGUUGCAGCGAAGAGCUAUUGUUCAUUAACCAUUUUCAGUCUUGGAGCUGUACAAUAAGUAUCCCGUGGGUCCCCAGGAAGAAGGAAAUACAGCCUUUGUGGCUUAUUCUUGACAUGGAGGAUGUGCUAGGUAAUUAAACACACACACACACACACACACACAUUAUCAACUCCUGGUUUCUAAUGAACCUGCCGUUUGUCUUCUUCCAUUCUGCUCUUUGAUUGUCUUCUCCUUUUUGUCCUUUGACAUAUUGAGAAGUCUAUUCCUGAUGGCCAGAUUGCAGAAAGCCUAAAGGGACAAACUCAAUGCAAAGGCAUGAAUUUACAGAUUUGUUUAUACGUAUGACGCUACCACCACCAUUGUCUACUUUGAACCAGCAUCAGUCGACUGGAAAACUGGAUGUGGAAUAAGCAGUAAUGUGAACAUUUGAGACAACCAUUGUUCCUGCAUAGAGGAGCAUCCAUAGGCAGAUAACAGCUUCCUGGGGGCGGAGGGUGUUACAGGGCAGGGAAACCAAAAAGGUCAUGUGCAGCAGGUGAAGACCUCCUUACCUGUGUUGUUCUCUGAUGUGAACAACACAAUGUAAAUGCAACAUGAAAUGCAACAAGAGGAAAUGACCUCACUGUGUUUCAAACCGCUCUUGUGAACAUACCCUGAACUACAACAUAGGUGAAGUAUUGGCCAUUGGUCUUGCAUACGCCCUACUUCUUGUAGUAGUGUGCCUCAGCGUGCUGUAAUGCAUUACCUUUUAGGAUAUAGGAAUGCUUUACAUCCCAGUACCUAUUCACCUUCCCUCUCCAGCUGUGGAAGCAGUGACAGGAGGAAGGAAGAGGGGCAGCUUUAACUUGGCGCAACCUAACUAGGCCCAAGAAAGAGGGCAACCAAUGGGAAAGGAUGGCAAUGGCAAUGAGGUGCACCCAUUAAGGGCAUCUUGCCAAAAGGUCAUAGAAUCAUGGAAUUGUAGAGUUGAAAGGAACCCCUGGAAUACAUUUUAUAUCUUUGUUUCAUUAUGCUUUAUGGAUGUUUAUUUUUAGAAAGUUUUAUGUAUAAUUUUGUACAAAAUCCAGAAUGUAAAUUUAGUAAGUAAAUAUAAAUAGCAUUCUAAUGCUGGUUUGUUUGUUUGUUUUUGGGUGUUUUUAUACUAAAGGGCUUGAUGUAAUGGGAUUUCCUAAAAUGGGCUAAGUUGUUGUCUCAUCCAGAUCCCCAAAGCCUUGUACUUUCCAUGAAUAUGCUGUUUAUUUACCCGGUUUAAUUUCUCCCCUCCCCAUUUUUCAUUCCUACAGAUUUGUUGUUCUUUCUGCCAUCCUCACAUUCCUGAUUCCACGGGGAGUUUUGCCAUUCGUCUUAAUAGUAGCAACUCUGGGUCCCUUUGUAAUCCUAGGACAGGCUACGACAUGCUGAAAAAGCAGUUCCAGCCCAGGAAGGGGGCAUGGUUUACUGGUAACAUUAAUAUCCUUAAGGAGACGUAAUAUUGCAAUUGGAUUCUGGCAAAUUAUGGAGCAACAUGAUGAGAUGUGCAGAAUCCACACUAUUACCCUCCCCACAGCCUUCCACUGGCCCUAAUAACAGCUUUGUUGCUAAACCUAUAUAAUUUGAUUUUUAACAGCAUACUAAAAAAACAAGAGCUCAGCAUUCUACAGGGUGAUUUUACGUAGUUUGUGGGACAAAUAGAUUCUGGCUCUACUGUGUGCUAAUAAUUAGUACAAACGGAUUUUGGUACGGAGAAGCUAAAAGACCUGUAGCUAUGUAGUUUUAGGCAAAGGAGACCAAAAGGAAGGCAGGAAGAAACCCAACUACAGUGACUGUUAAGGCACCCACUAUGUUGCAUGGUGAUGCUGCCCACCAGGGCAUAUGAAGAAAUUCACAUGGAUGGUCCGUGUAGGAGCCAGGGGAUUGACCAGGGAGUUUUCUGGGUGCUGUGUUGUAUGAGUUCUGCUCAUAAAAUGCUGACACCUGAGACAACCACAAGAGGACUCAAACCUCUGCCUGUAGGGAGGUCUGUGGACUGGCAGUGGUGGGGCUGCGACUAUGUCACUAUGCCAGAUGGCCUGGGGGUGCUGUGACAACAUAUUGUGGGCCAUGAUGCAGGGAUGCACUAAGGGGCAUGUCUGCCUCAAAAUCAUGACAAGCUCUCCAUACCCUUCAACAUUUCUCUGAUAAAAAUAAGGAGCUCCAAAAAAAAGCAGGACAUUCCAGUUUCAAAUCAGAAACCGGGAUGGCUUCUAUAAAUCUGGGAGUGUCCCUGAAAAAUAGGGACACCUGGAGGGUCUGGCUCACUCCAUUGGUGGGGACAGUCCUUGCCUGGUGAGCUGUGGAGGUGCUUUUCCAGAGACUGUGGGCAUAUCUGUCAUUUCCCCACUGUCUUUGCAUUUUCUUAGGGCAAAUCCACUUCUAAGUCAGUUGUGUUUGUGAGUGACUGCUUUACUGCUGUUUCUCACAGAGACUGCACACCACAUCUCAUUCUCAUCGUAUCUUUGUCAUGGGCUCCUGGAGACAUCCUUUUUAUCACACAUUAAUGAUGAUUUGUGCUGAAGAUGCUACUGGGGCAGUCACACUGCCUCAUCAGUGCAUAUCCCACAAUUGCCUGGAAUCCUUUAAGUUUUAAUAUCACAAAUGUUCUGGUUUGUUUUGUUCAACUUUUGUUGAGCUAUAGCCCCUCCAGGCAGCAAUGAUGCGGUAGCAUUGGGGGUACAUUGCAGAACAAGCCAAAGCAAAAUAAAUCUAUCACUAAUGCACUAUUGUUGCAUCAAAAGCAUGUUGCAAAGUACACCCACACAGCCAAACAGCAGUCUGGAGCUGCCCAUUAUCAUUUAUUGUGUUUCUCCAUAUUACAUGACACAAUUUAUGAAGGUAAAAGCAGUUUUAGGAGUUUCCUCCUUCCCCUUCCAGCCUGAACACAGAUUACAUAGGGUGACUGUUCUGCUAGUGUAGUGCUGACUGACAUCUCUUCUGCCCUGGCGUAAUAUAAAUACAGGAUUGCUCUGCUAUUGUCCUAAAUUUUCAGACUGAGAAAGCACAAUAAGGCUGCAAUCCUAUGCACUCUUUUCCGGGAGUAAACUGCGUUGCGUUCAGUGCACUAUACUGUUAUUAAUAUACAGUUAUUAUAAUAUCAAUAUACUGUUAGUGCAUCUUUUCUCUUCUCUUAACAUAAUUAAACGUAAAUGGUGGUUUUCAAAGAGCAUAUUAUAAAGUUUUGUUUUAGAAAGAAAAAGAAAGAAUCAUAGCUUAGCUUAGCUGACUGAAACUGGAAGGUCAAGUUUACUUGAGCUUUUGUUUUCUUAGUGCAUUGCAUUCCCAUUGCACAAUAAAAGACAUUGUGCUCUCCGCCUCCCAGGAGCUGCCUUGCUAAGCCUUUUCUCUUCCAACAUGCUUCACACAGAUGAGCUUAAUUGGAUUCAAGUUCUCCUGUGAUAAUCACUGCUAGAGUAUUUGGGCUGUAAACAUUGCAGAUGAACGAAUAUGUAAACCCAAAUAAACUCUUCCUAAGGAUUUGAAAACAAGAAGAUAAGUCAUGGAAAGAUUUAUGUUCCCUGCAUGCAAUUUAAAGUUUUCUGGCUUUAUAUAAUCUGUUUUUAAGAAUAUGUUAACCCUUUAAGAGUGAAAAGUAGUAAGAUACUACUAUACUAACACUAUUAUGAGCAGCACAUUGAGGCCUUUCUUAUUUUACCUUUAAGGGAGGGAAGAGGAGCCAUUGACAUAAUGUCAGAAGACCUGGGCCACAUCAUAAAAGUUUAUAGUAACAUAUUUCUGAGGCAGUAUUGCCCCUCUUGAAAAAGUGGAACAGUAAAAUUGUAGGAGGAAAGUUGCUGCAUGGUGCAGAUUACUCAACGAAAGAGUUAGCCAAGUACAGGUGAUUUGUUGCCAUUGUAGCUAAUGGUCAGAGAUGUUGUUUGGAAGCAGUAAUAUCAGUAUAUACUUUGUCAAUAGCGUACAAAUAAAAACUUCCCUUUUUGCCGAGCCAAAAAUGAUUCAUUAACCCCCCAUAAAAACUGAUUAAUAAGCUGGGGUGUGGGGGUAGUUCCAGAGCACAGUACUUGAACACCCCAAAAAAGUGAACUAAUGUGAAUUUGUGAGAAAUUCUCCAACAUAUCAUAGAAGGGGAGCCACUGACAAAAAUAAUCUCUCUUGUCUUCACCCUCCCAAACUCUCCCAGGGGGCACCUGGAGAAUGGCUUCCCGCAAUGAUUGCAAGGUUCAGGCAUUUUUCAAGUGGUUUUCCAUUAGAUAUUGGAGUCCUGAGCUUUAUAGCUCUUUAAAGGUUAAAAUCAGCUGAACUGGGCUCAGAAAUGCUCAGAUAGCCAGUACAGGUCUGCUAGAACCAGAGUUAAAUGCUGAGAUUGCUUGAUUCAUGUCAGCAGUCUUGCAGCUGUAUUCUGCAACAGAUGCAGUUUCUGAGUCAUAUCCACAGACAGCUCCAUGCAUUGCAGCAAUCUAAUAUUAAAGUUACUGCAGCAUAGAUCACUGAAUCCAGGUUAUUCCUGCCCUAAUGAGGAGGCACUGGCCUACUGGCCAAAGCUGGUGGAAGGCAUUCCUGCCUUCAGCUAUGAUAGUGGACCUAGGACCUAGGGGGAGUGUGAUCCCCAUCUAGAACAGGCUGUACACCACUCAUCUAGCCAGAUGAAACAAAGAACAUCUCAGUCUGUUUUGGAUUGAACCUCAGUGCAUUGGCCCACAUCCAGUCUAUUACCGCGACCAGCAUCAGUUCAGCACUUCCACCGCCUCACUUGCAAAAAAUGAAAAGGAGAAAUAGAGCAGUGAGUCACCAGGAUGCUGAUGACAGUGCACUCCGCAGGACUUUGGCCAGUGGUUUCAUGUAGAAGUUAAACAGCAUGGGGGACAAGACCGACCCCUGCAGGACCCAAUCAUACAGACUCCCAGAAAAGACAUUAGAAGGGUGGAGUGGCCCUUAUUCUUGUGCCUCGCACCCCAGAUUUGAGCAGAGUCUGUAUUUAUACAAUACCUAGAUUUCUGAGAUGCUCUGCUAUUAAUACAUUUAUAAUUAACUAUUUUUUUAAAAAUAAUAACAAUAAUAAAUCUAAUUGCUUUUCUACUGCUUUCUCUUAUUUCAGUGCUCCUUUUCAUAUUGCCCAAUGGGAACAUUUUGCUCAACGUAAUUCAUCACACGGCCACCUCCAAGCAUUUUAAUGCGCUGCCUAAGCCACGUCUUCUAUGUGAAGCCUACAAAUGCAUGGAUACACCGAAGACUACCAAAUGCAUUUUAAUGAGCUGGCUUUGCCAGUGCUUGAAGCCUUAG